AUGUCGACUCUCAAGACUGAUACGACAGGUGCCGAGCACCAUGAAAAGUCUGCCGGUGUUGAUCAAGCCCCAGUUGUUGACGAGAAGUAUGCCACGGGCAAGGUUAUCGAGGUUCAGGCUGCGUCGGUGGCCCUUGCUGCCGCUCUUGCUACACAGAAACCGAAUCUACUUUCUAAGAAUAUGUUGAAGCUUUGCUUCAUCAUGUCUGUCGGGUACUUGAUCUCAACGAUGAACGGCUUUGAUGGUUCCCUCAUGGGAAGCCUGAAUGCCAUGACGCCUUACCAAACGACUUUUGGUCUUAACGGUGCCGGUUCCAGCACUGGAGUCAUCUUCAUCAUCUAUAAUCUGGGCCAAAUCGCAGCUUUCCCUUUCUGUGGCAUCUUGGCAGAUGGAUACGGGAGACGGGUGUGCAUCUUCGUUGGAUGUUUCAUUGUCCUAGUUGGAACCGCUGUUCAAGCAUCUGCCAACGGGAGAGGGCAAUUCAUCGGUGGCCGAUUUAUCCUUGGUCUCGGCGCAUCUCUGGCUUCUGCAGCAGGACCAGCAUACACCGUUGAGCUUGCUCACCCUGCAUAUCGCGGUACAAUGGCUGGGAUGUACAACAACUUCUGGUGGGUUGGAAAUAUUCUUGCCGGUUGGACUACGUAUGGCUGCCAGAAGAACAUCGAAACGUCCUGGGCUUGGAGAAUCCCAACCAUUGUGCAGGCCGGUCUACCUUCAAUCGUUAUGGUGCUCAUCCUCUUCUUCCCCGAAUCACCCCGUUGGCUCAUUGCCCACGACCGUCGAGAGGAGGCUCUUGCGAUUUUCGCAAAGUACCACGGUGAGGGCGAUGAGCACUCUCCUGUUGUUCAACUCCAGUACCAUGAAAUUAUUGAGAAAAUGGCUCUCACGCGAAACGAGAAUCCGUGGUGGGACUUCAGCGAGUUGGUCAACACCAGAGCAGCACGAUAUCGAUUGUACAUGGUUAUCGGCAUGUCUUUCUUUGGGCAAUGGUCAGGAAAUAAUGUCGUCAAUUACUUCAUGCCUGAAAUGAUUAAGAACGCAGGCAUCACAAGCACCAACAAACAACUCCUGAUCAACGCCAUUAACCCGAUCUUCUCAAUGAUGGGCGCUGUCUACGGUGCCACUUUGCUAGAUAAACUCGGCCGUCGUGUAAUGAUGCUGGCAGGCCUUGGUAUGGGCCUCGUCGCCUACGUUCUCCUUACUGCCUUCACCGCUGCCUCCGAAACCCACCCCAACCUGUCCUACGGCGUCAUCGUCUCUAUUUUCCUCUUCGGUGUCGUCUUUGCCUGGGGUUUUACCCCACUGCAGACUCUAUAUGCAGUUGAGUGCCUCGAGAACCGCACCCGUGCCAAAGGCUCUGGACUCAACUUCCUCUUCCUCAACGUUGCUAUGGUGGUAAAUACUUACGGCAUCAGUGUCGGUAUUGCCAAGAUUGGGUGGAAGUUGUACUUGGUCUAUAUUGUUUGGAUUGUCGUCGAAUUGGUUAUUAUCUACUUCUUCUUUGUAGAGACGGCGGGCAAGACGUUGGAAGAGAUGCAUGAUAUCUUCAACGCGGAUAAUCCGAGAAAGGAGAGUACUAAGAAAACCAAGGUGGAGAUUGACGAAACGGGCAGGGUAGUCAACAUUGAUGCGUGA